GCCAUUAACACUUACUUUUCUGGUUGUUAUUUCUUUCAAUAACUUUUUUUUUUUUACAUUGGAUAACCUUUUUUUAUGGGGGAAAACCAUUGAUUAUAAAAAUAUUUUUAUAUGCAGUCAAUGGGGAAAACCAACUCCAUGUGAAACCCCACCCCUCUUUCAAAACUAGUUGCGUCACAGGGAAUCCUCGUUUUCUAUUGGUCAACCACCUGGAUUGAAGGACCCGCCACCCACGUGACCAUCUGCCCUUUUUUUUUUGACUGCGAGACUUCGCGUUAGCAUCAUGGGGAGCUAACGUGCUGGAGCUUACAUUGGCCGCGGCGUUUUUGAUAUUUUGGAAGUCAUUUGUGACCUGUGUUAUGGUAUAUGAAGGAAGUGAACACAUUUUAAGUCAUGCGGCGAAGUAAAGUCGAAGUGGACCGUUACGUUUCCUCGGUCUUGGGCUCCUCUCCCUCUCCGAAAGAGAAGCCAGUGAAAGGAUUUUUGUUUGCUAAACUGUACCUUGAAGCAAAAGAAUAUGAACUUGCAAAAAGACAUGUUUCAGAGUAUCUUAAGGUGCAAGAGAGGGAUCCGAAAGCACAUAAAUUCCUUGGACAACUCUACGAGAGAGACGGAGAGCUCAACAAGGCUGUUGGAUGCUACAAGCGCUCCGUGGACUUGAACCCCACACAGAGGGACCUGGUCCUGAAAGUGGCCGAGUUACUUGUUGGUAAGGAGGAGUGUGACAGCAGAGCAGAGUUUUGGGUGGAUAAAGCUGCAAAACUUUUGCCCGGCAACCCAACGGUCUUCACCCUAAAGGAGCGUCUGUUGAGUCGUCAGGGCCAGCAGGGCUGGAACCAGUUGUUCGAUCUCCUCCAAGCCGAGCUCGCAGCGCGGCCAGCCGAUCCCCACGUGAACGUGAAGCUGGUGCAGCUGUUCUGCCAGGACGGACGGCUGGAUGAAGCCGUUAAACACUGCCUGGCAGCUGAAAAGAGGGGCCUGUUGCGCCGCAGCAAAGAGUGGUACACAGUUGUGCUGCACACCCUGCAGGAGUAUUUGGCUCAACCCAAUACCUCUAGUAAUGAGAAGUUGUGUCGCCGACUUCAGAAGGAAGUCCUGUUGACGCACUGCAACCUGCUGAGAAUCACGCUUUCUGAGACCAACGUACAACCGAGUCUAGAUGCAUUCAGGAGCUUUGACGGUGCCAUGCAGACGCUAAAUACCGCCGCUAGACGACAAUCCGAUGAUCUUUUGGAGAUUUUUGUGGAGAUGAGAGGUCACCUCUAUCUGCUCGCUGCCACGCUGUUGUUGAAAAUGGCUCACGAGCGCCAGCAAACCUGGAGGGCGGUCACUGAUCUGUCUGCGAUGUGCUACUUGCUGGCAUACCAGAAUCCCAGACCGAAGCCAAGAGUAAACAAACGAGAGCAGUCACCCCCCCUGCUUCUGGAGCUGCUGGCCAAUGACCGACAGAGUCAAGCUGGACACAUGCUGCUGAGUCUGACUGCAGAUCCACCUACUUUAAUCAGAGAGGUGGUUGAAGUGUUUGGAAACUUUAAGGGACAGGAGUCUCUGUUUGAGCUCCUGUGGGGUCCACAGGCCUCCAGCAGCUCCUCCUUCAUCGCCACAGACGACAUACGAUCACUCGGCGCCGUCGCUCCAGAGCUCUCACAGCUGACUAAAUAUGACACUGGCUCCAUCCUGCUGCACGGGGAAGAUUUGCAACAUCUGAGCUGGCUGGGGCUGCAGUGGACUCUCCAAGACCAAAGACCGCCUCUGAGGGACUGGCUGCAGCAGCUCUACCCCAGGCUUACUCUGGAGACUUCUAAGAUAGACACCAAUGCACCAGAGUCCAUCUGCCUUCUGGAUCUAGAGGUGUUUUUGUGUGGCGUGGUCUUCACCAGCCACUGUCAGCUGCAGGAGAAGGCAAAGCUCAGCAGUGGUAUGAAGACGCAGCAGGAGCUCCUGGAGCCUCGCUGCCUGCCUUUGUCUCUGCUCCGCCUCCUGACCACGGACAGACAGAGGGAAUGGUGGGACGCCACGUACAACCUUAUAUACAACCGAGCAGCUCCCGGCACGUCAGCUAAACUGCGAAUGAUCGUGCAGCACGGCCUCAACACUCUGAGAGCUGGAGAGAAACACGGUCUUCAGCCUGCGCUCGCCAUCCACUGGGCCCAGUAUCUCAGUCAGACGGGUGAUGGCAUGAACUCCUACUACGACCAGAAAGAAUACAUCGGCCGCAGCGUCCAUUACUGGAGAGCUGUUCUCCCCCUGCUGGAGAAAAUCAAAUCCAGAAGGAGUAUACCCGAGCCCCUCGAACCCCUCUUCAUGCACUUUUCUUCCAAAAACAUCCAGAUUCCUUCAGUUAGAAGCUAUGAGGAGGAAGCUCGGAUCGCACAUGCCAUUCUACUUGACAUUGAAGGAAGAACAGAUGAAGCAAUCACCAUCCUGGAGUGCAUCAACAACUUGUCAUCCACCUGGCAUUUAGCACAGAUCUAUCAGCGACUGUCAGAGGAGGCCACCAAUGGAGUGGAAGAGACUCAAGACCGUUGUAUAACCUCACUGAGAAAAUACAGAACGUAUCUGCUCAGGAUCUACAACGCCAAUGCAAAUGAAAUAGACAAGCUCCCUGUGUCCAUGGAGGAAGUCGUCGACCUCCUGAAUGAUGUAAACCAACAACUGGGGGAGAGUGGUGAAGAUGAGGAGGAGGAGAAGGAGUUUGAGCGUCAAAUAGGACCGGAUCACUCCAGUCCUGCUCAUCUCCAGGAAACCAGCGCCACCAUUUCGCACAUCAAGUUCUCCACUCCAUCUCCUAACAAAAACAUCGUCUCUCCUUCCAAGCGCUUGAUUUCCCCAAAGACGCCGCCUCAUUGGAUUGAAGACCAAAAAAAUCUCCUGCAAAUCUUGUGCCAGAAAGUUGAAGCUCUUACGAAUGAGGUUCAGGAUCUGAAACUCAAUGCAUCGGGGGCUGCAGGUUCUCCUCACAAGUUGUACGGAGAUAGCUACAGAGCCGAGGGCCUUCAGGAACCUUUUACCCCAGUCCAGUCUUAUCAUGGAGCCCCCCUCACAGUGGCUACCACCGGCCCCUCCCUGUUCUACAACCAGUCUCCAGCUUAUAACUCUCAGUACCUUCUGCGGCCUGCUGCGAAUGUGACCCCCACCAAGGCUCCAGUGUAUGGUGUGAACCGUCUGCCCCCUCAGCAGCAUGUGUACGGCUACCAGCAGCCCACUCACACUCCCCCCUUGCAGACGACUCCGGCGUGCAUGUACCCUCCCCAGGAGCAAGUGUUUGGGGCUCCCCUUCGGUUUGAAUCCCCAGCCACAAGCCUCUUGUCCCCUUAUAGUGAGGAGUACUUCGGCCAAAGUGUUUCCCAACAGGCCCCCAACCCCCCCCUCCCAGAACCUGGAUACUUCACCAAGCCGUCUGCGCUUCCUGUUCAGCCACCAAAGAGCUUGGAGGGGGCGUCUGUAGAUUUUGGGAAGGUCCCGCUCAGCCAGCCGACCCCUGAAGUCCCCAGAGGGCCCAGUUUUGGUGCAGCUGCUCAGUCUGCAACUCCAGCUGCUUUCAAGUUUAACUCCAACUUCAAAUCCAACGAUGGAGACUUCACCUUCUCUGCCUCCCAAGCGAAGCACAGCGAAAGUUUACUGGGAUUGUUAACAUCCGACAUCCCCACAACUAAAGACUCCGCCCCCGAGAAGCCCCCCACCCAGGAGCACCAAACCAGCAUAUUCAGCUUCGGCAACAAAACCAGCUUCUCUUUCAUUGAUCCUGUGCAGAACUCGGCAAGCGGGGGGGCUUUUGGAAAGGUGGAUCAGCCCUUUAAAUUUGGUGAGAUCUCCAAGCCACUGUUCGACAUCCCCAAGCAGGCAGAGAGCGACAAUGACAGCGCACACGCAGACGAGGAUGAAGACGGACCCCACUUUGAGCCGAUCGUUCCUCUUCCUGAUAAGGUGGACGUGAAGACGGGCGAAGAAGAGGAGGAAGAAAUGUUCUGCAACAGAGCCAAGCUGUACAGGUUUGACACGGAGACGAAAGAGUGGAAAGAGCGUGGAAUCGGCAAUCUAAAAAUCCUAAAACACAACACUAAAGGGAAAGUUCGCCUGUUGAUGAGAAGGGAGCAAGUCCUGAAGAUCUGCGCCAACCACUACAUCACCGCUGACAUGCUACUCAAACCCAACGCCGGCUCUGACAAGUCCUGGGUGUGGAACGCCAUCGACUACGCAGACGAAGAGCCUAAAACCGAGCAGCUGGCCAUCCGCUUCAAAACAGUGGAGGAAGCAUCUCUGUUCAAAGCCAAGUUUGAAGAGGCUCAGAAAGUGGCGCUCGCAUCCCCAGAAAAGCAGCCUGAAAAGAAGAGCAGCUCUAAAGAUUCUGAUUCCCUGGCAGCCCAGUUUGCUCUGAAAGAAGGGGAAUGGGAGUGUGACGUGUGCUGCGUCAGAAAUAAAUCCUCUGAUCUGCGCUGCAGGGCCUGCCAGGCGCCCAACCCAACCUCAAAAGCAGAAGUCCAGCCACCUAAAGCCAGCGCUUUUACUUUCAAAUUUGGUACAGAUUCAUCAAAACAGAGCAGCUCCGGCUCCACAUUCACCGGAUUUGGUGGUUUUGGGUCUUCUGCUCCUUCUUCUUUUACGUUUGGCAUCGGCUCCUCAAAGGUCGCUGACACAGCCCCUAAGGCUUUUAGUUUUGGCUCUUUGGAUGAUAAAAAGUCAGCUCAGUGGGAAUGUGAGAAGUGUUCCACAAAAAACGAGACUUCUGCAGACGUUUGCGUUUCUUGUAAAACUUCUAAAACCAAAAAGACUGUUCAAAGUAGCCCGGCUGCAGCAGCGCUACCGGCUGCAGCAGCGCAGCCAACUGCAACAGUGCAGCCGUCUGCGUUUACUUCUGAUCUAAGCGCUAAGUUUAGCAAAAAGCCCGGACAGUGGGACUGCGAGGUUUGUGACGUGAGGAACGAGUCGACCGCUAAAAAGUGUGUCGCCUGCAACACCUCAAAGACGAAAGAAACCGUCGCCGCUCCUGUGCCGCCAAGUAUGCCGCCUGCGCCAGAACUGACGGCCGAUUCAAGCAAAGCAGGUGGGCAGUGGGACUGCAAGAGCUGCCUGGUCAGAAACGAAGCAUCUGCCACCAAAUGUGUCUGCUGCAGCGCACCCAAUGACGCUCUCUGCUUGGAAGCCAUUUUUGGCAAAAAGCAAGGAGAAUGGGAUUGUGAUGCAUGCUUGGUGAGAAACUUAGCCACUGCUAGCAAGUGUAUAGCCUGUCAGACUGCCAACCCUAAUGCUAAAAGCGACAGCAGCUCCUCUGCCCCCCCCUUUAGCUUUGGAUCCAAAAGUCAACCUGCUGGAUCUGGAUUCCCCACGUCGUCUGGAGGUGGCAGCCCGUUUCAGUUUGGUCAGAGCAAAGAAAAAAGCUCCGCCCUUUCUCCUUUUAAGUUUGAAAGCUUCCAGGCUGCACCCACCUCCACCACCACUAGUUCCUCUGGCUUUUCUUUCUCCAAGCCCAUUCCAGCCGGAGGCUUCAAGUUCGGCCUUCAGGAACCUGCAAAGAACCCGGCCUCAUCCAGUGAUCCGGCGCCACCCGGGCCAGCCUCCAGCUGUCUCAAAAGCUUUGCAGACAAACACAAGGAGAAAGAAACUCCGCCCACGCCCCCUGACGCCAAAGCAGAACAAGACGCCAAUCCACUCGUUUCUGGAAAGGGCAAUGUGUCCAGUUUUGCUGACUUGGCUAAUUCUUCUGGGAGCGACUUCCAGUUUGGAAAGAAGGACCCCAACUUCAAAGGUUUUUCUCGAGCCGGGGAGCAGAUCUUCUCAACGCCACAGGCAACACCCACCAAGACGGACGCAGUGAGCGAACAGGAGGACGAUGGCAUGUACAAGACUGAAGAAAACGACGACAUCCAGUUUGAGCCGGUGGUCCAAAUGCCAGACAAGGUGGAUGUGAUCACCGGGGAGGAGGACGAGCAGGUUCUGUAUUCUCAGCGCGUCAAGCUGUUCCGCUUUGAUACAAGUAGCAGCCAGUGGAAAGAGCGAGGGGUGGGGGUCCUCAAAUUCCUGAAAAACAGCGUCAACGGUCGCCUGAGAGUGCUGAUGAGGAGGGAGCAAGUUCUGAAGGUGUGCGCCAACCACUGGAUCACGACCACAAUGAACCUGAAGCCCCUGGCAGGUUCGGACAAAGCCUGGAUGUGGAUGGCCAACGACUUCUCGGAUGGAGACGCCAAGCUGGAGCAGCUGGCUGUCAAAUUUAAAACCCCAGAGCUCGCAGAGGAGUUCAAGGCGAAGUUUGAGGAGUGUCAAAGACUCCUCCUGGACAUCCCCCUGCAAACUCCACACAAGCUGGUGGACACGGGCCGAACUGCGCACCUCAUUCAGAAGGCAGAGGAAAUGAAAUCUGGCUUGAAAGACCUGAAGUCGUUUCUGACGGAUGACAAAACAAAAAUUAAAGAUGAAGACACGCAGGCAGACUCGACGGCAUCCGGCGAGGCUUCCAGUCUGACCAUCAGGCCCCACGGAGAAACCACCGGCCCCACCUUGGAGUGGGAUAACUACGACCUGAGAGGAGACGCUCUGGACGACACGGCCGACUCCUCCGUCUAUGCCUCCCCCCUUGCCAGUAGCCCCUUGAGGAAAAACCUUUUCCGCUUCGGAGAAUCCACCAGCGGGUUCAGCUUCAGCUUCCAGCCUGGCAUCAGCCCCUCGAAAUCUCCCGCUAAGCUCAACCAGAGCCGCGCCUCAGUGGGCACUGACGACGAGCAGGAAGUAACGCAGGACGAAGAGCGGGACGGGCAGUACUUUGAGCCCGUGGUACCUUUACCCGACCUGGUGGAAGUUUCUACCGGAGAGGAAAACGAGCAGGCGGUCUUCAGCCACAGAGCAAAGCUGUACCGCUUCGACAAGGAUUUGGGUCAGUGGAAGGAGAGGGGCAUCGGAGACCUGAAGAUCCUGCAGAAUUUUGACACCAAGCGGGUGAGGCUGAUCAUGAGGAGAGAUCAGGUGCUGAAGCUCUGUGCCAACCACUGGAUCUCAGAAGCCAUGAAGCUGGAGCCCAUGAAGGGAGCGGAGAAGGCCUGGGUGUGGAGUGCCAUGGACUUCUCUGAGGAUGGGGAGGGCAAAAUCGAACAGCUGGCUGUGAGGUUCAAGCUCCAAGAAACUGCAAAUACCUUCAAACAAGCCUUCGAAGACUCCAAAGUCGCCCAAGCAAAAGCAGAACUGAUGACUCCAGUGGUGUCGCGGCUCGCAGCGCCAAAAGACGCCACGCCACCAGGGUUUCCAAGCUCCCCCGUCUGCGGCAGUGCAGCUAUCGCUGUCCUGGAAGAGACCACAAAGGAGCGGACGGAGCCUCCCCCUGAUGCCAAACCCUUUGCUGCUGCCCCUCAGAGCCCAGUCAACCCCUCAAAGACUGUGGUGUCUCCCCCAAAGUUCGUCUUUGGCACGGAUUCCCUUCAGAAGAUCUUCGGCACGCUCAAAUCUCAGCCAGAAGCUUCAACUCCUGCAGGGAAAGCCAAAGAUCCUGGAAGUUCUGUGAAGAGUCCACUUCCUGCUCCUGCCUUCCAGAUGCACACAGGUUCUGCUGAGGCGGCGGCGGACGGCUCACGGUUGGAGGACGACUCCGAGGUGGAGGUUUUGUUUGUUAAAGAGCCCACUGCUGAGCAGGCAGCUUUAGCCAGGAAACUCCUGCUGCCCCUCACCUUCUUCUGCUACAAGAACGAGCCAGGCUACACUAGUGACACUGAGACCGAUGAUGAAGACUUUGAGUCAGCUGUCAAAGCUUUAAACGGAAAGCUCUACCCCGAUUCUCCUCAGGCUGCAGCUUCCGAUAGUGAGUCCUUUUGUCAGUUCGUGUGGGAGAAACGACCGACACCAGAAGAGGAGGAGAAAGCAAAGAGCCUGCAGCUUCCACCCACGUUCUUCUGCGGCCUCAGCACCUCUGACAGCGACACCGACCACGACAAGCCGGAAGACUUUGAAACAGAGGUCCGCAAAGCACAGCACGAGCUGGCCAGUGAGUCAAAGAAAGCUGAGAAAAGAUGGAGCCGUCCAGCUGCAGCUCCUCAGGGUCCGAGCUCGGUCCCGGCAUCCAGCUGUCCAGAAGCAGCUGCCGCCACAACCGCAGCAGAGGAGCCGACCGCAGACCAGCCAACAGGAAGUCGAAGCAGCAGCUCUCCAAUCGACCUGUCCACCAAGAAGAGCUCAGAACCAGAGCCUGGUUCUGUAGCGGACACUUCUACCACUGCAUCAGCUGCUCAAGACUCUACCUUUGGUUUUAACUCACUCACUGGAUUCUCUUUUGCUGACUUGGCAAAGACAACAGAAGGCUUCGCAUUUGGAAGCAAAGACUCUGAUUUCUCCUGGGCCAAUGCUGGAGCAAUGGUGUUUAAGCCUGCGGCGCCCUGCGAGCCGAAAACCAAGACCGAUGAUGGAAGCGAUGAAGAGGAGGCUCCUACCAAUGUGGACAUUCACUUUGAGCCUAUAGUGUCUCUGCCUGAGGUGGAGACAAAGUCUGGAGAGGAAGAUGAGGAGAUCUUGUUUAAGGAGCGGGCUAAGCUUUACCGGUGGGACCGGGACUCUAGCAUGUGGAAGGAGCGAGGCAUCGGCGACCUCAAAAUCCUCUUUCACCCCAACAAACGCUUCUAUCGAAUCCUGAUGAGAAGAGAGCAGGUCCUGAGGGUUUGUGCCAACCAUACCAUCAUCCAGGGAAUGGAGCUGAAGCCUCUGAAUACUUCUACUAACGCCUUGGUCUGGACCGCCACAGACUACGCAGAUGGUGAAGGUGUCGUGGAGCAGCUGGCAGCCAAAUUCAAAACCCCAGAGAUCGCAGAGACCUUUAAAAAGACCUUCUGCGAGUGCCAGAGCCGCAUGAGUCAAGAUGACGGUGACGCUUCAUGCGCCUCGUCACCACAGAUGUCCAGAGUCCAGGAGCACUCUAGGGAGACCAACCCACAAGUGUUCCUCAAAGUAGCUGUUGACGGCAAGCCGCUGGGCUCCAUCACCAUAGAGCUUUUCUCCCACAUUGUUCCCAAGACUGCUGAGAACUUCAGAGCCCUCUGCACCGGCGAGAAAGGCUUCGGCUUUCAGAACUCCAUCUUUCACAGGAUCAUACCAGACUUCAUGUGUCAGGGGGGUGACAUCACAAACAACAACGGCACUGGAGGAAAGUCCAUCUAUGGGAGCUCGUUUGAGGACGAGAACUUUGACGUUCGCCACACGGGUCCAGGGAUCCUGUCGAUGGCGAAUCGAGGACGCGACACCAACAACUCCCAGUUCUUUAUAACCCUGAAAAAAGCAGAACACCUGGACUUCAAACACGUGGCGUUCGGCUGGGUUCGAGACGGCAUGGAUGUGGUGCAGCAGAUGGGAGAGAUGGGUACAAAAGCUGGGAUUCCCUCUAAGAAGCUAGUUAUCACAGAAUGUGGACAAUUGUAGCCUUUUGAAAGUCCAAGAACAACAUGGAGCACCCUUCAGUCUGUUGAAGAGCACAAUCUUUCUCCCAAAGCACAAUCUUCACGUUUUUAUUCAGAAGAAUAACUAUAUUGCAUUGUAGCUUCAAAUGGGAAAGAGUGAGGAGGAGGCUUUUAGGGGAAUGUUGCUUUGUUUUGACUUGUCAUUUAAUUAUUUGUCAAAAGUUUAUUUUGUGUGUAAAAUUGUACAUGAACUUCUUUUUAAAUGUGUUUUGUGCUUCAGUUUUACUGUACUGGGUUUCUUCACAGCAAGAAGAAUGUUUUUUUUUUUUUUGUUGUUUUUUUUCCAGAAAGCAGGUUUCUCACCACUUACACAUUUCAGAUGCAGUCUCUGGUUACAUUUUAUAGUAGGACACCAAGGUUUGAGUUUCUUUAAGCAAAUGGUUGACAUUCAUAUUUGCCCUCUCGAGGAUAACCACGUUUCUGCUUUAAAGACUACAGACGUUUCAUUGUGUGUACAGAGUGAGGUUACAAAGUUGAGAUGAUGCUUGUACCAAAAUUCAAAAUUAAUAAAGUUGCUUUACAAAAAAGCUAAAUAA